AUGUCGUCGUACUGGUGGCUGAAAGAGCACAAUGAAGGUUCGCUAUUACGAGUAGCAGUCUUCGAAGGUUCAUCAUUGACUGACGGAAACGUUUCGGUCAGUGUUGCUCAAAUAGAAUUACAAACAGAACGUGCUAGUCGUGAACAUUCGGCUCAUUUACUUGUUUUUCCUGAAUUGUUUCUAUCAGGCUAUGGGCUAAGUCAUGAGAUCACGCUAUCCGCUGCUCGUUAUAUUAUUGAAGAAAAAGUUAUUGCUCAUCUACAAAAUGUAGCAAACCAAUAUUCAAUUGCUCUUUUAAUAUGUUAUCCUGAAUUAGUUGAUGAGAAGAUAUAUAAUUCGGCAACAUUAAUUAAUGAGCAUGGUGAUAUUCUACUUACAUAUCGAAAAACUCAUUUAUGGGGCGAUAAAGAACGUCAAAUUUUUGCUGAAGGAGAUCAAUUAUCACCUGUUGUUGAAGUACGAGGAGUUCGAGUAGGUGUCAUGAUAUGUUAUGAUAUGGAAAUGACUGAAGUAGCACGGUGUUUGACUCUUCUCGGAGCUCAACUCAUACUCGUACCCACUGCUUUGGCUACAUCACCAGCAAAUGAAAAUAUUAUCCGUUUUAUCGUACCAACUCGAGCUUUAGAGAAUCAUGUGUGGCUUGCUUAUGCCAAUUUGUCUCCACCUCAAUUUGUUGGUUUCUCACGAAUUGUUGGACCAGAUGGUAACGACCUGUGUCGAGUUGAAAAAGAUCCUCUCAUAGUAGCUGAUCUUAUUCCUAAAAAUUAUUUACAUGCAAUACAAUCAACACCUUAUUUAGCCAAUCGUCAACCAUUUCUUUAUUCAAUUAUUAAUGAUCCAAAAUAUCUCGUCGAAUUGCCAAUCGAUUAUAAAUAUACUGAUGACUAA